GACCCCCUCCCCCCCUUCUUUGUUUAAAGAGGGUUGGCCUCCGUGAUUUGUUAAUUUGUUUGUGGUUUUAUACUGCAGUUAUUGCUAUAAUACGGCUUGCUCUAUCCAAUUUAGCAACUGAUUAAUUGCUACCUUGUAUUAGUCUCUAAUUAUUUAAUGGGUGUAAAUUUUAUCUCCUAAGCAAGAUCAUAAGAUUUCCCAGGCAGGGACUGCGUUGUCUCUUAUAUCCCAGAGUACUGACUUAACUGACUUGUUCUAACAUUCUCUUAUUCCUCCUGCAUUCCAACUACUCAGUACUCUGCCUGGCAUGUACUAGGCACUGGGUAAAUAGUGAAUGAAUGAAAUGUUGCCUUCUGGAGAGCAGAAAACUAGCCUGUUACUUCUAUUUUCCUGGUCUUCCAGCCGAAUUCUUUCCUUUUGUAGACACUCAGCAAAUGUGUGACUUGAUUGCUGUGCCUUUCAGCAGGGAAAUAUAAUCUCCCUGUUGCCCUAUGAAGAAUUGCCACCUAAAACACGAUGUUCCCAAGAAGUCUGUCAAGAAAUAAUUGUUGAUAGAUUGAUUAGCUUCAAAGAAAUUCUUGAUUCUUUUCUGAAGUGUGCAUCUGCCCUUCCACAGUGAAUGAUAAUCAUGGUUCUAUCGGCUAGGUUGCUGAAGAAAUUCUUUAGGAGAUUGUGUAAUUUGAGGAUCUUUUUGACUCGAGAAAACCAACCAGUAACAACCAAAAUCGAAGCCCUGACCCAACAAUGAAAACCCAAUAUGAAACAGGACCUUUAUGCUUAAAAAUCGUAUCUGCAAAUUUUAAAUAACUUCGUGCUCUUGGGAAAGAGAAUGCCCGCGUGUGUUUGGGCGCACGCGUGUGUACGCUCUGCUCCGUUUGAGAUCCCUGCCUGACACUGAGUCCGCCAUGCUUCACAGAAGAAGAUAGAUUCAGCCUGGAAGCUCUUCAGACAAUCCAUAAACAAAUGGAUGAUGACAAAGAUGGCGGAAUUGAAGUAGAUGAGAGUGAUGAAUUUAUCAGAGAAGAUAUGAAAUAUAAAGAUGCCACUAAUAAACACAGCCAUCUGCACAGAGAAGAUAAGCAUAUAACUGUUGAGGAUUUAUGGAAACGGUGGAAAACAUCAGAAGUUCAUAAUUGGACCCUUGAGGACACGCUUCAGUGGUUGAUAGAAUUUGUUGAACUACCCCAAUAUGAGAAAAAUUUUAGAGAUAAUAAUGUUAAAGGAACAACGCUUCCCAGGAUAGCAGUGCACGAACCUUCAUUUAUGAGCUCCCAGUUGAAAAUCAGCGAUCGGAGUCACAGACAAAAACUUCAGCUCAAGGCACUGGAUGUGGUUUUGUUUGGACCUCUAACACGCCCUCCUCAUAACUGGAUGAAGGAUUUUAUUCUCACAGUUUCUAUAGUAAUCGGUGUUGGGGGGUGCUGGUUUGCUUACACACAGAAUAAGACCUCCAAAGAACAUGUGGCAAAAAUGAUGAAAGACUUGGAGAGUCUGCAAACUGCAGAGCAAAGUCUAAUGGACUUACAAGAGAGGCUGGAAAAGGCACAGGAAGAAAACAGAAAUGUUGCUGUAGAAAAGCAGAAUCUGGAGCGCAAAAUGAUGGAUGAAAUCAAUUACGCAAAGGAAGAGGCCUGUCGGCUUAGAGAGCUGAGGGAGGGAGCCGAGUGCGAGCUGAGCAGACGGCAGUAUGCGGAGCAGGAGCUGGAGCAGGUUCGAAUGGCUCUGAAAAAGGCUGAGAAAGAGUUUGAGCUCAGAAGCAACUGGUCUGUUCCAGAUGCGCUUCAGAAAUGGCUUCAGCUGACACACGAAGUGGAAGUGCAGUACUACAAUAUUAAAAGACAGAAUGCUGAAAUGCAGUUAGCUAUUGCCAAGGAUGAGGCAGAGAAAAUUAAAAAGAAAAGAAGCACAGUCUUUGGGACUCUGCAUGUCGCACACAGCUCCUCCCUAGAUGAGGUAGACCACAAAAUUCUGGAAGCAAAGAAAGCGCUCUCUGAGUUGACAACUUGUUUACGGGAACGACUUUUUCGCUGGCAACAGAUCGAGAAGAUCUGUGGCUUUCAGAUAGCCCAUAACUCAGGGCUCCCCAGCUUGACGUCUUCCCUGUAUUCUGACCACAGCUGGGUGGUGAUGCCCCGAGUCUCCAUUCCACCCUAUCCCAUUGCUGGGGGAGUUGACGAUUUAGAUGAAGACACGCCCCCAAUAGUGUCACAGUUUCCUGGGACCAUGGCCAAACCCGCCGGCUCGCUGGCCAGAAGCAGCAGCCUGUGCCGCUCCCGCCGCAGCAUCGUGCCGGCCUCGCCGCAGUGCCCACGCGCGCAGCUUCCUCCGCACGCCCCCCACCAGGCCCACGGCCGGCACCCCCAGCACCCCCAGCACUCCCUGCCUUCCCCGGACCCCGAUAUCCUCUCAGUGUCAAGUUGUCCUGUCCUGUACCGAAAUGAGGAGGAGGAGGAGGCCAUAUACUUCUCGGCUGAAAAGCAAUGGGAGGUACCAGACACAGCUUCAGAAUGUGACUCCUUAAAUUCUUCCGUCGGAAGGAAGCAGUCUCCUCCUUCCAGCCUUGAGAUGUACCAAACGCUGUCUCCUCUGAAGGCCUCGCGAGAUGAGCUCUCUCUAGAGGAUUCGUCCAGGGGAGACUCACCCGUGACUGCAGACAUCUCUCGGGGUUCCCCUGAUUGUGUGGGUCUGACGGAAACGAAGAGUAUGAUCUUCAGUCCGGCCAGCAAAGUGUACAAUGGCAUCCUGGAGAAGUCCUGUAGCAUGAACCAGCUCUCGAGCGGCAUCCCGGUGCCCAAGCCUCGCCACACGUCCUGCUCCUCCGCGGGCAAUGACAGCAAAGCGGUUCCGGAAGCCCCGCACGUGGCCAGGAUAAGCAGCAUCCCUCACGAUCUUUGUCAUCAUGGAGAGAAAAGCAAAAAGCCAUCAAAAAUCAAAAGCCUUUUUAAGAAGAAAUCUAAAUGAACGGGCUGACUUGAUGGAAUUCAUUCAAGGGGCAUCUUUAAACUGUUCUCCCCCAUGCUCCACUUCCCCCUUUUUUGUUUUAAUUUUAGGAAUGUAACUCCACUGGGACUUUCUGCAGUGGAGAUGUCCUAAGGGCAACUGUCUACUGUCUGCUUAUUUAAGUGACUAUACAAUCAGUUCAUCAAGCCAGUUAUUACUGAAAAAUCAUUAAGAGAUGAGACAGUUUACAGUCAUUUCUGCCUAUUUAUUUCUGCUUUGUUAUUAGUGAUGUAUAUACAGCAUUUUGUUGAAGGCCACUAUGGACUUACAAGCUUUAAUGGACUAGUAAGCCAGCACGGGCUUGCAAAAGGUUCCUGUUUACCACACCGUCUUCUCAUCUUUCCACGGAGCUACUUCCAGCCUGGACUGAGUAACUUAAAGUAAAACUAAUUGCACUACCGUUUUCCAGACUGGAAAAAAAAUCUCUGCAAGUGAAACUGUAUAGAGUUUAUAAAAUGACUCUGGAUAGGGGACUGUUUUCACUUUUAGAUCAAAAUGGGUUUUUAAGUAGAACCUAGGGUUUCUAAUUGACUUGAUUUCUGGAAACGAAAACCCACGCUUUUAUUAUGGGAAGCUUCUUUAAAUGCAUUUAAUAUUAUAAAGUUUCGAGUCCUGCUGUAAAGAUCAUGUUGUUUUGUUUUCCCCAGGGCUUUCACUGUGAUUCUCUGCAUUGCAGGCUGUAUGAUAAAAUACAAAUAAUUUAGGGAGAGAAGGCGCUUGAUUCCUUACACACAUGGAAGAGUUCAAACUUGUUUGAAGGACUUACACAUUCACAAGCGUAAACGGAGGUUGGGGACGUGGGGAUUCAAGCACUUGUUUACAGACUUUGAAUAACAUCAAAGAAGUUAGGGUUUGUGAAGAAUUUGUACUGUGGAAAAGAUAAUAAAUUGGAGACCUUAUUGUGUGGGACUGUGUUGAUUUUUGCUGAUAACACUCCACUGAAACACUAUUCAUUUUCUGGAGAGCUCGGCAACCCGUCUUGUUGCUUAAUUGCACUAUAAGAAAUAGUGAUUUGGAAGUUGUCAACAAAUUUCUUUCCAUUUUAUAUUGUUUGUCCUAUUUUUAUGUAGUUUGAAAUGUUUAAAUGUUCUAAUAUCAAGAUUAACAAAUACAAAUUUAUGGUGCAUUUA